GGUCUAUGGCGUCCUGCUCAGGCCCCCUCUAGAGGAGAAAAUGGGCACAGAAGUGUCUUGGAGAGCCCUCACCACCUUCCCCCCAUCCCAAACUCCCCCCGACUCUCAACUCCUGGGGGAGGCCCCCUCCUCCACUCCCCUGGAUGUCACAUAGGAGUCCAGACCAGCUGUCCUUGGGGGACGCAGAAGAGAUGUCUCCAGCCCAGCACCCACCCGGACGUGGACCGGGGCUUGGCACCCGAUUCCUGUAAAGCGCUGUCCCACAGGGUGGCAGGGUGGAGCACCAGGGCCUUGCCCAGCCCUGGGCUGAGGCUUGAUGCAUGAUGACCUCCCGCCAGCCCCCUGUCUGGGCGGUCUUGAGAGGUUGGGGACCCCAGGAUGCAGGGCUAGGGUCCUGAGAACGACAGUGGGGCACUGGGUGGGAGUGGAGGGUGCUAUUAGGCAGGACUUGCCCACACCUGUGUCCAUGUCUGUCCAUCCAUUUGUCCCUCUGCCUGCGGCUGCAGCCCAAGCCUUGAUGUGUCACCAGUGCAAGGGCUACGGAGGGUGCGCCCACCCGCUCAGAUGCCCACGGAGCUCCAACUACUGCGUCACCAUCGCCACCCGGAUCCCCUUAAGCCUCAUUGACGAGCCUAUGGUGACCAAGUCCUGCCAGAGCGGCUGCCCCGAGGUCUCAUCCCUGGGCCUCGGCCCCCACGUGUCCAUCGCCUGCUGCCAGUUCAGCCUCUGCAACCAGGACUGAGCACCUCCUCCUGCAGCUGGUGCCCGGGCCCCCAGGCAGACCCCUCCCCAGCUGAGAUGAGGCACCGGGUCUGGGGGCGCUUGAGGAGGGGGUGGGGCCCAGGGGUAGCACUGAGUGGGUCUGAGGAAGGGGGAGGGGCCCUUGGCAGAGGGAGGGAAUUUGGGGGAAGCAGGGGAGAGGAUGGAAGGGAUGGAGCAGACCGGUGAGUGAGGCUGGAGGCAGCUUUGCACACCCACACACGCGUGCACACAACCACACAUGUACCCACACACCCACCACUGGCGCACUCGCACACUAACAC